AUGAACCGUGUCAUCCUCCGCCCAGUUCAACGCAGCUUCAUGGCCGGUACCGGCUGCAUGCCUCCGCUGCUUCCUCCUAUCCGUCCCGUUUCUGGUGUUUCCACCAAGAGACGCAUGGCAUUUGUCACUCGUAAACCAGGCUCAACCUACAUUCCCAAAUUCAGACCUGGAGAUAACAAACUAACAACUCUAAUCGGCGCCAUCUUCGUGCUUGGCGGUAUCUACGUCUUUCAGUCUGGACGUGGCUUUCCCAACGGGGAUGUAGCGGAGAAGUACCUGCCAAAGGAUGUUGGGAACCAUCGACAGGGAACGGUGAACAAGGACUACAAGGCUUACAAUGCUUGGGUCACUGAAGGGAAGAAGUCAUCAUCUGUUGGCAAAAGCUGAGGGUUUGUUAGUCUGUUAUCAUGUUGAUUUUAAGCAUUGUGAAUAAAAAAAAGGCUCUGGCAUUCUACACACAUGUCGACAGAAACCCGCUAGCAAAUCGGGCAAGUUUUGUUAUAUAGGUUCAUGCUCCUGCCGGCGAAUCUAGUAUCAAAUGUGAAAUGUAUCCAAGGUAGCUACUCUUAGAACAGGAAAGA